CUCAGAUCUCGCACAGAAAUCCACUCCGGGUUUUCCACCGGGCCCCAAAAAUCUAUGAAAUGUGUUUGCAUGUUCCUCUCUGCAAACGGGGAUGUAGAGGUGGGAUUGCAAGCGCCGAGAAAGCUCGGGGAACCCACGCGUUCAACACAGCCUCAGAGAAAGUGCGCUUUUCUCAUUGAAGCGACGCAAAAUCUGAAUUUUAUUUUAUUUAAUUUCUCUUCACGUUUGUCACUAACAAGCAGGCACAGGGUUAGGAUUGUGUCUUUGGAAAAAGAAGCUUUUUGUGCCCCUGUCUUUCCUUGUCUUCUUUCUUUCUCUUUUUUUUUUGUCACCAUUCGCCACGGAAAGGCUGGGAGAGACACGGACCGCUCGGACUGUGGGAGCCCUCCCUUCUGUUUGAAUCUGCUCUGGUUCCUGAAAGCCAAUGGAAGAACGUGGAUGAGGGCCGCGCUUCUAAGGAGGAGGAAGGCUUUGGUGCCUGUCUCUUUCUGACUGGCUGACUGGUCCACUAACACCAAGCAACACUCUCACCAGGGCAAAUAACGGGCAGAGUAAAAGUCCUUCAUUGCUCACCCCUCUCCCCUUUCCACCCUCACCCCCGACCCAGGCACGUACGCACCGGACCAUGUCUAGUGGGCUGUCGGAGGAACCCCAAACAGAGGACCUGGAGCGGAGUAGCUGCAAACAGGACUCUCCUGUCAUAGAGCGCAGGAAUCGGAGUGGCAUCAUCAGCGAGCCCCUCAGCAAGAGCCUUAAGAACUCGCGUACCCUAUCUCAAUAUACAGCGGUCUCCUCUGCCACCACCAAUGGACACACGGACAAUAGCUCAACGAAGAGCCACUCGGCCAAACAUCAACCGCCCCCAGCUCCCCAAGCCACUGUCUCCACACUAACAGCAGCCAAGUUGGACAGAACCUUAGAACAGGUUCUGGAGGGACAAAAUGGCCUGCUGCACUUUGCCCAGGCAGCAGCGCUGCUAAAGCGAGCCGGUAUGGAGCACAUGCUCUUGCCUGGGGGCAUGGGAGUGGGAGUUGGCGGCGGAGACGCAGGCUCGGGGGCUAGCGACUUGGAGGGUACGUCUGUCACGGACGCCGUAGGUGGUCCCGUUGACUUCCCAUAUGGAGUAGGGAGCGGCUUCCCCUUCAAUCCGGGCCUUUUCAUCAUGACACCGGCUGGAGUCUUUCUGGCGGACAGCGCGCUUCACAUGGCUGGCUUGACCGAAUACCCGGCACAGAGCGAGCUGGCCUCUGCUAUCAACUCCGGCAAAAAGAAACGGAAACGCUGCGGCAUGUGUCCGCCUUGCCGACGGCGGAUUAACUGCGAGCAGUGCAGCAGCUGCCGGAACAGAAAACAGGCCACCAGAUCUGCAAGUUUCGCAAAUGUGAGGAGCUGAAGAAGAAACCCUCUGCUGCACU